AACACCUAGAGGCAGUUUAACAUCUGCGCAGCUGAAACUGGGAGAAGAGAAGAAGAAGAGACUUCUCUUCUCUCUUCUGUACUUCUUGGCUUCUCUCCUCUCUCAACUCCAUCCAGGGAGGACCAAUGGACACCGGCGGCAACUCUCUGGCGUCGGGCCCCGACGGCGUGAAGCGCAAAGUGAGCUACUUCUACGACCCAGAAGUCGGAAAUUACUAUUAUGGACAAGGCCACCCGAUGAAGCCUCACCGCAUCAGAAUGACCCACGCCCUCUUAGCCCAUUACGGUCUUCUCCAGAACAUGCAGGUCCUCAAACCCUACCCGGCCCGGGACCGGGACCUCUGCCGCUUCCACGCCGACGAUUACGUGGCGUUUCUGAGGAGCAUUACCCCUGAAACACAGCAGGAUCAGCUUAGGCAGUUGAAGAGGUUUAAUGUUGGGGAGGAUUGUCCUGUGUUUGAUGGGUUGUAUUCGUUUUGUCAGACUUAUGCUGGUGGGUCUGUUGGUGGGGCUGUGAAGCUCAACCAUGGGAUUUGCGACAUUUCGAUUAAUUGGGCUGGAGGGUUGCACCAUGCUAAGAAAUGUGAGGCUUCCGGGUUUUGUUAUGUCAAUGACAUUGUGCUCGCGAUCUUGGAGCUUCUUAAACAGCAUGAGAGAGUUUUGUAUGUGGACAUUGAUAUCCACCACGGGGACGGUGUUGAGGAGGCGUUUUACACGACAGACAGGGUCAUGACGGUUUCGUUUCAUAAAUUUGGAGACUACUUUCCGGGGACGGGGGACAUUCGUGAUAUUGGGUAUGGGAAAGGGAAGUAUUAUUCCCUGAAUGUUCCGUUGGAUGAUGGGAUUGAUGACGAGAGCUACCAUUACUUGUUCAAACCCCUCAUUGGGAAGGUCAUGGAGAUAUUCAGGCCUGGUGCUGUUGUUCUGCAGUGUGGUGCUGAUUCCUUAUCUGGGGAUAGGCUUGGUUGCUUUAAUCUUUCAAUCAAGGGUCAUGCUGAAUGUGUUAAAUACAUGAGAUCCUUCAAUGUCCCGCUCUUGCUUUUAGGCGGCGGAGGCUACACUAUUCGUAAUGUUGCUCGUUGCUGGUGCUACGAGACUGGCGUUGCACUUGGUGCAGAAAUUGAGGACAAAAUGCCACAGCAUGAGUAUUAUGAGUAUUUUGGUCCAGACUAUACUCUUCAUGUUGCCCCUAGUAACAUGGAAAACAAGAAUUCUCAUCAGUUACUAGAAGAAAUACGAUCGAAACUUCUUGAAAAUCUCUCCAGGCUUCAGCAUGCCCCUAGUGUUCAAUUUCACGAAAGGCCUCCUGAAAAUGAGAUUCCAGAGGAGGAUGAAGAUCAGGAAGACAGGGACGAGAGAUAUGAUGCUGAUUCUGACAUGGAGCUUGAUAAUGAACGCAAAACUUUACCAGCAAGCAGAGUAAAGAAAGAGGUUGUUGAACCUGAGGUUAAAGAUCCGAAAGGAGCUGCUGAGAAUUCUAGAGGUUAUGAUGCUGGACUGGAUGAGAUAACAACUAGUGCAAAGGCUUUGGAUAUGGGCCCUGGGUCUAUGGAGGAACCAAGUGUGAAAGUUGAACAAGAGCCCAUGAAUAAGCCUGCGGAUCAGAUGUAACCCCCUAUCAUAAGCAAACUAUUUAGAUUUAUUUUGGCCUCAACUCUUAAUUAAUUUGUGAAGUUGGUAAUCCAUUGUUCAGUAGCAUUUCUUGUAUUUCCAAACACUCUAUAUGGGCAUGCAUUGGAAGUGAACUUUUAUCCAAUCUUUACCUCUGUAGAGUGCAUGGGAUGAUUAAAGUCGAUUAGGAAAGGCAGGGUGUACCACUCUUGGACUCAAACAGUUAAUUUCAAGAAAUGUCAUUUCUGUUAAUUUAGGCA